UUCAUUUUUUUAUCGAAGUCUUCCUUGGCGUCGCCGUCGUGGUUUCUUAAGGUCCCUUUAAUCUCAGAGGCACGUUGAUUCAGUACACAUUUGCAGUCAAGGAAUAAGGACAUCAGACCGACCGUGAGUCACGGAACAGAUCAGGACUCAGUAACUGCUCCUCGUUAUGGGUAUGGAGGUAUGCAUUCAUGAUAACUGGCUAAAUUAUCCUGUAGCGGACGGCGACUGCCUACAAGCAGAAUUUGCGCGAAGCUGUGGAAGAAGCCCUCACAAGUCAAGACUCUACAAGAUAGGGAAAAAAGAUUUUGUUCUAAAAGUGAGGUUAUCAUGACUAAACACUAUCACGUGACGGUAAAAGAAGGGUUUCCGCUGUUGUUGUUUUCCUUUGCGUUGUUGCUUUUGCACGUCGGGGUGCAGGCUAAGUCAUCAUGCCAAGCCGAUCAGAUUACAAUCAAGGAUCCAAUAACUGGUUCGAUUCAGUGCCUGGAUUGCUUGAAAUGCCCGCCUGGCGAAGGCCUCUCAGUGAAUUGCGGGGACGUGAUAACCCCUUCAACACCAGUGCAGUGCAAGCCAUGCGUGCUGGGUGAGACGUAUUCUGCUUCCUUCAAUACCGCAGCUUGUGAAGACUGUGCAAAUUGCGGUGAGUACCGUGAAACGACGAAAGCCUGCACGGUGACUUCCAAGGCCAAGUGUGGAAGGUGUAAGCCUGGUGCGUAUGCUGAGGGCAUGUUGGGACUGUGCAGGCCGUGCUCUCCGUGCUGUAAUGAUGGUAACGAUAUCAUUAUACCUGAGUGUCAAGUUGCAGGUGUACCAACAAGUAUGCAGUGCAGCUACCUACGAUCUGACAAGUGCAGCGCAUCAGCGGUUUCAAGUAUGAGCACGAGGCAGUCAACACUUCGACCAGAUCAGUCCACGACCCCAUGGCAGCCAUCCCGGCCUUCUACAACCAGCAACGAAGUGAUCUCUUUUUCAAGUAAGCCAGUCAUCAACGUGAUUGAAGACGCCUCGCCAAAUAUGGGCUCCAUAGCCAUUUCCGUUGUAAGCGGCUUUUUUGUUAUCAUCACGAUCCUUAUCAUUGCAUGCAGCAGAGUACUGCGUCAACGCUGGAAGGCCUUUUGGACGGAGAUUGAUGUAGUUACUGUGGAAAACGUAGUUGGUCAGACGCAAAACUGCGAACAAAGAAAUGAACAAGAACACAAUCGGGAACAAACAGUGGAUAGAGUCCCACUGCCGCCCGAGGAUCUGUAUGAAGAGAGUCCACUUCCACAUCCUACUCAAGAGGCAGCUGGUGACAAGAAUCCCGAAAAAAUGGGAGUGCAAGAGACCGCUUCUCCUUCAUCAGACCAGAGUAGUUUAGUUUUAGAUUCUAAACUUGACGGGUCUGUGGUGAAGCAGUGUUCUGAAUCGUCUAAAGAGCGAGUACACAGUCCCCCCAAUGUUGUCACCAAGAAGACCACUGUCACGAUGUCCAAAGUCACAGAUAAGGGGGUCACUCCGGUUUGAAGAGAGCCAUCAGCACCUUUGAAUUAUCUGAUGGCCCGAUAACUUUUGCUCUGUAGUUUUUCAUUUAAUGACAGAGAAGUCGGGACAUUUUAACUACUUUUAAUUAGUUGUUUCUAAUCGUUUGAAAACGUCUACAAGCCCCGAUUCACUCUCGUUCCAGGAUUCUUCGUUCUCUUAACUACAACUGAUUACUCUUCCCAUCAUCAGCUUUUAACAUUUCCUCUCGGCAGCCAGAGACUGAUGAGUAAUUCAGUCAGUGGUGCAUUAUAGGCACGCGAAUGAAUUCGAGCAAAUCCUUAAAAGAGAAAUCAUUAAGGGACAGGGACCGGUCAUUUUUCAUUGGCUGCGGUUGAGGGUCGGAGCCGGGAUUUUGGGUGUGUCACGAUAACAUUUAUGUGAUCUCCUCCUAAGGUUUUGUAAUAAUGUCAUGAUCCCUGCUCAUUAACAAUUAAUUUGCAGUAAAUUGUCUAUAGUCCCCACUUUGUACUCUGUUGGCAACGACUGAUCCUCCGUAUGUUCCUUCUGAGAAGCAAUGUGAUCCACCCAUCAAUCAUUCAAACUCC